GUACAUACGUUCAGAGUACCCUUGUGUCGUCUGCUGGAACGCAGGCGGACUUACUUCUUCCAUUUUUUGAAUCGGAUUAUUUCGAACUUUUAUGUCGUGUUUUAAUCAAUGCGAUGCGUUUUAUCUAUCGUACAUCACUUUUAAACAACGUCAUCUGCAUAAAGAAUCAAUGACGAUGUCCUAGACUAUAUAGCGGUCAGAUUUUAUCAACAGCGGAUUUUGUUUAUAUUUACAUUUUGAAUAAAUGAGAGACCUUCAUAUUAUCUUCACACUUCCGGAUUAUUGACAGAUAUAAUACUGUGAAAAGGAUUUAACUGAUCCAUCGACACAUAAUUUUGUUGUCUGAAAGUGGAUUAAACAUGAAUCAAAACGAAGAGAAGCCAUACGAUGCGUUACAAAAUGGCGCACGUCAGCGGAAGACGGACACAGGCUCCGAGUACGGAUCGGUUGUCAUCGAGGAAGUCAAGUUGAAGAAGGAAGUCGGAUUGAUUGGCGGGAUUUCUUUAAUAGUUGGAACUAUUAUAGGCUCUGGUAUUUUCAUAUCACCAAAAGGUGUUCUCGACAUGACCGGGUCUGUUGGCCUAUCAUUGGUCGUUUGGGCCGGAAGUGGCGUUUUGGCAUUAUUAGGGUCCCUUUGUUAUUCUGAACUUGGCACGCUUAUAAGGAAAUCGGGCGGGGAGUAUGCCUACCUGAUGGAAGCAUUUGGGCCAAUACCAGCGUUCCUGUACGCCUGGAACUCUGUUAUCGUAAUUCGACCUUCAUCUAUAGCCAUCAUUUGUUUGACAUUUGCUGAAUACGUCACGACUUUCUUUCCAAAUUGUGGCACACCUCCGAUCCCGAUGAAAAUUGUAGCAGCUGCAGCAAUAGUGACGUUGAUGAUAGUUAAUAGCUUGAGCGUGAGGGUGGCGGCAAAAGUACAAAUCGUGUUCACGGCAGCAAAACUCAUCGCCCUCGGAAUUAUCAUGGUCGGUGGAAUUGUCAGACUUGCUCAAGGUCACACAACCCAGUUUGAUGACAGUUUUAAAGGUACUACACAGUCGCCUUCUGUCAUUGCUCUAGCAUUUUACCAGGCACUUUGGGCCUAUGACGGCUGGAAUAACCUGAACUACGUUACAGAAGAAAUCGAGAAACCAGAAAUAAAUCUCCCACGAGCAAACAUUUUAGGCGUUGCCUUGGUAACAGUGGUUUACAUCUUCACCAACAUCUCGUAUUUGACCGCAAUGUCGGCUGCUGAACUAUUGGAUUCGAGCGCCGUUGCCGUGACAUGGGGUGAUAGAGUUCUGCAGAGUGCAUCUGUUAUAUUGCCGAUUGCCGUUUUAUUUUCUACAUACGGGUCUGCCAAUGGGACGGUAUUUAGCGGCGGAAGAGUUGUUUACGUUGCUGGAAGGGAGGGGCAUCUGCCAGAAUUAUUGUCAUAUGUUCAUGUUAAAUAUUUGACACCGAUGCCAUCUGUUGUAUUUACGUGUUGUAUUGCGUUAGUCAUGAUUGGUAUUAGUAAUAUUGGAACGCUUGUGGAUUUCUUCAGUUUUACGGCCCUGUGA